UUUAAAAUAUAAGCAGCAGACAGUCGCUAUAACCCGAGCCCAAAUCAGGGUAUGGUAGUUUUUUUGGAGUAUUAAAAGGAGACAUUUUCAGGGUCGCACAGAGUCUACAUCGACGGAUUGAGGCAUUUAACUGACUGGGCUGUCGCAGAGAAAUAUUGGUGCCAUCGAAAUGUUCAGCUGGUGAAGUCUGCAUGAUAAUGAAGGGGCAUUCCAGAUGCAGGAAUUACAAAGCCGAGCUGGAAGCAUGUCGCUUCGAGGUUAUCCCUGUGGAGUUUGGGGACUUCCAUCCUCUGAAACUUAUUACUGUCACUGACUCAAAGACUAAGAAGGUUGGCCGCAAAGGAAGUACCUCCUCUACCUCCUCGUCCUCCUCAAGUUCGAUGUUGGACCCUUUGAGCAGUUUGCUAGAUGGCAGUGACCCUCUGUCAUUGUUUGCAGCAACAGCUGAUCCUCUGUCAUGUGCUUCAUCCAACACAACCGGGAAAAACAGCAUCAAUAUGGAUCUUGGUAAAAAGAAACGUGAACGAGAAGAGGAGACGGGAGUAGGAAGUGACUUUGAACCAUGGUGUGGGAAGCGCGGAGAUAUCCUUGCACGAUACACGACUACAGAAAAGCUGUCCAUAAACCUGUUUAUGGGCUCAGAAAAAGGUAAAGCCACAAGUCCUGGGUCUGCUGUUUCUGAAAAAGUAAGGAAUCGAUUAGAAGAAUUGGAUGAUCUAGAAGAGGGGUCCCAGAAAGAGCUUUUGAAUUUGACGCAACAGGAUUAUAUAAACAGGAUCGAGGAACAGAACCAGUCGCUGAAAGACGCAUGGGCUACAGAUCAAAAAGUGAAAGCGUUAAAAAUAGUUAUUCAGUGUUCAAAGCUGCUCUCCGAUACCAGUGUGAUUCAGUUUUACCCAAGCAAGUUUGUUCUGAUCACUGAUAUAUUGGAUACCUUCGGUAAACUAGUUUAUGAAAGAAUUUUGUCCAUGUGUGCAAGUCGGAUUUCUGUUCCUGGAGCCUCAUUACCAGAUAACUUCAGUCCAGAUGAAGUGAAUGAAACGGCAAAGGAAACUUGUCUGAAUUGGUUCUUCAAGAUCGCAUCAAUCAGAGAGCUCAUUUCCAGAUUUUAUGUGGAGGUGGCAAUACUAAAAUGUAAUAAAUUCCUUUCCAAGGUUGGUAUCUCCGAGACUCUUCCUCGUUUGACAUCGAUGAUAAGAGGCAUUGGUGACCCAUUGGUGGCUGUGUACGCUAGAGCAUACCUUUUCAGGGUUGGAAUGGAAGUUGCGCCCCACUUGAAGGACAGUUUGAAUAAGAACUUUUUUGAUUUCCUCUCCACGUUUAAACAAAUUCAUGGAGAAACUGUUCAAAACCAGCUUGCUGUUCAGCGAGUAGAGAUUCCAAUUUACCUCACACUGUACUCUCCCGCUAUAGACUGGAUUCUUCAGUGUAUUGCAUACAAAGCACCUGAGGCAUUGCUAACUGAAAUGAUGGAAAGAUGCAAAAAACUUGGAAACAAUGCUUUGCUAUUGAACUCGGUAAUGUCAGCGUUUAGGGCAGAAUUCAUCGCCACGAGAUCGAUGGAUUUCAUUGGUAUGAUAAAAGAAUGUGAGGAGUCUGGUUUCCCCAAGCACAUCCUUUUCCGAUCCUUGGGGAUGAACUUGGCAUUGGCUGACCCUCCUGAGAAUGACCGAUUGCAGAUUCUGAAUGAAGCCUGGAAAGUAAUCACCAAACUUAAGAAUCCGCAGGAUUACGUUAACUGUGCUGAAGUUUGGAUAGAGUACACAUGUAGACACUUCACAAAACGGCAAGUCAAUACUGUGUUAGCAGACGUCAUCAAACACUUGACACCAGACCGAGCUUUUGAAGAUGCUUAUUCACAGCUUCAGUCAAUAAUAACUAAAGUUCUGUAUAACUUCCAUGAUUUUGCCGUUCUAUUUUCAAUGGAAAAAUUCCUGCCAUUUCUGGAUAUGUUCCAGAAGGAAAGUGUCAGAGUGGAAGUUUGUAAGUGCAUUAUGGAUGUUUUUAUUAGGCAUCAGCAAGAACUAACCCGUGACCCUGUUAUACUGAAUGCUCUGAUGCACGUUUGCAAGACUAUGCAUGACUCUGUCAAUGCGUUAACAUUGGAAGAUGAAAAAAGGAGUUUGGCUGUUUUCAUCAGUGGAUUUAUCAGAAUGGUUUCGUUUGGCCGUGACUUUGAGCAGCAGUUAAGCUUUUAUGUGGAAGCCAGAUCAACGUUCUGCAACCUGGAGCCUGUUCUUGUUCAGCUAAUCCAUAGUGUAAAUCAACUUGCGAUGGAGACCAGGAAAGUUAUGAAGGGCAAACAUUCCAGAAAAACAGCAGCAUUUGUGAGGGCCUGUGCUGCGUAUUGCUUCAUUACCAUUCCAUCGUUGGCCAACAUCUUUACACGCCUUAACCUUUACUUGCAUUCGGGGCAGGUGGCCCUUGCAAAUCAAUGCCUUUCACAAGCUGACGCCUUCUUUAAAGCUGCAAUCAGCCUUCUUCCUGAAGUCCCGAGGAUGAUCAACAUAGAUGGGAAGAUGAGAACUUCAGAAGGCUUUCUCUUUGAAUUCCUCAGUAACUUCUUCUCCACGCUGUUAAUCGUACCUGAUCAUCCAGAACAAGGCGUCUUAUACCUAGUGAGGGGGCUGUUGAAUGUGAUCCAGGACUACACUUGGGAAGAUGCCAGUGAUCCAAAAGUGCGAACCUACACAAAUGUGUUGCACUUGCUGGCUGCGGUGAGCCAAGAGAACUACCUCUACCAUGUAGAUAAAGUUGAUUCUAAUGAUAACCUCUAUGGAAGUGACCCCAAGUUCUUGGCUGAAAUUAAUAAGCUGUCUGACACUCUGAUUGGACAGAUCCUGGACCAUCUCAAAACUCUUGGGAAAGACGAGAAUUUGAGGCGACAGAGUGCCUUGGCCAUGUCUUUGUUUAACAGUAUUCUCAUCCACGGAGAUUUGCGGAAUAAUAAGCUCAACCAAUUAGCGAUCAACCUGUGGAAUCUUGCCCAAAAACAUGGCUUUGCUGACACCAAAACUAUGGUGAGAACAUUGGAACACAUCAAACGUCAAAAUAAACAGCCAGGCAUGGGCCAUUUUGCAGAACUGGCAUUGAGACUCCCAUUGCAAUCUCGAACAUAAUGCUUCCUCUUCCUCUCCACUACUAUAAUGGCAGAACUGCUGACGAGAAUCUGUCUUAAUACAACAGCAAAUCACUUUACUAAACUAAAUGAACUUGAAUUCUUAAUUUUUUUUGUCAACCAGCAUUAAUCUUUUGUUGCCUACCAGAAAAUGUACUUAAAGAAGAAAGAACAGUGCACAGAAAAUUGCUGUUCGAGUUAUUUUAAGGAACUGCUGCUGUCAUGGAGAGGUUUGGUAAUUCCCUGCAGGAAGGGAAGGUUGCACCUACUGAACUGUUUAGCUGUUUAGCGAGCUUUAGAGCCGGGAACAGGCUGGCGAUGAUCCCUCGCCACCAAACAUAAUGCAGACAGUCCCAAAGGAACGGGAAGGGAAGAAACUACCUUGAAAAGCACUGGACAAGAGAAAUAUCCAUCAUGUUUCUACUGCACAUGGAAUUCCAUCUAGUGACUGAGGUUAGAUUCUCUUCCUAUUGUCAUUGGUUUUGUAUAAUUUCAACCUCAGUAUUUUAAGGAUGCUUCAACUCGUCAUGUUAAUCUGUACAAUUAGAUGCAGAAUUGGCUUUUUUUUUAAAUAAAGUUUUUGUUUGGUGCCAACCACUUGCUGUAGUCAUUGUUUAGCUGGGGAAGUGGUAAGGUUUUGUACUCACCUCUACAACUACCAUCAGAGCUCGUGUGCGAUCGGCUGAGAGGAAGCCAGUUUCUUCUCGAUGGAGUGUCUCCAUUGCAGAUGGAAUUUUGUCUUAACGUUUCAGCUAAAAACCAUCGUCCCUCACCUGAUUGAAUCGGGUUGGUUUGAUUGACGGAGGCGUCUCUAGGAUUCUCAGACUUGUGGUUAGUAAUCAAACGGGUAGUUCCUCAAGUCUUGAAUCCUGACUUCUUUCUUGUAAUGCGGAGAGCUUAGUUGGUUUAAAACUCAUUUUGAGGAAAGGAAGUGCCAUGAACAUUUACAUAUAAGCAACUUGGAAUGAUUUGAUUUCAUGUUGCUGUUUAUUCAUCAAUGCAAAUAAAAGACAAAUGGGAAAUAUGUUUUGUGGAAUAUUUGAAUGUUGUGUUCGACAAAUAAAACAGCGCUUUUGUUUUCCAGAUCACGAAUGAGGAGCCACAUCCUCACCUGCUUUAGGUUUUAAAGUAGAUUCCAAACUGAAAUUGUUUUGAUGAAUAAAGCUUCCGCUGCCUACAAUAUUUAAUCGUUUCUUUAAUACUGUACUUGAAGCAAUACCAAAUCUGUAUUACAUCUUGUAUUUAUGAUGAUAGUACAUUAGUCUGCAGUUGUGUCAAAUGUAGUGACAAGUGACGUGAAGUAGAAAUAUGUUGCGAACUAAUUGUGAAAGGACAAGCCCAUUUAAAAUGCAUUUUGCAAUUUAUGGGCCUCACCACUUUAUAUACGUAAAAUAAACUGAUGUUCAAGCUUCUGAA